ACGUUUUACCAACAAUAAUAUUGUGAUUGUUAUAUUUAAAUAUAUAAUUAUCUAUAAUAAUAUACCGCCAUUGAAAAUUUUAAUUGUCAAACAGAAUAAAAAAUAUCAAUGUUAUGUAUAUUUGUAGCCUAUAUCGAGAAGUUGCUUAUAUCAUAAUUAAUCAAAAGUAGUCCUUUUUUUUUGUUGUAAGUUAAGUGCAGCCGGUAAUACAAAAGGCGUUAUUAAGACUGUUUUUUGCUUAUGUAAUUUUUAUUAAUAUUAAUUUAAACCCAGAAAUGGUAAAGUUCACAUAUUCAAUUAUAAUUAUCUAUGGGUCACAAAUGUUGUUAACUCUUGCCGAACCCGAAAAAUCUGAGGAGAAUCGACAAGAACUCCUGCUAUGCCGCAAGUGUGGAGCUGACGUGGCCGACUCUUAUUACUUAUUUAAUCAGCAAAGUCCCGGAGCUCGUAAAAGUGAACGGAGAAAAUUGUUUGGCAAAAGUAAUGUAACUGUGCAAACAUUAGUAAAUCCAUUUGGUGUUCAGUUUGAGAUUGUUACUACAGAAAAGGCCAGAUGCCAUAAUAUAGGCAAUCCACAAGGAGCAGACUCAUGGUUCCCUGGUUACUCAUGGCGAAUCUGCACAUGUCCCCACUGCGGAGCACAUAUUGGCUGGACAUUUGAGAACUCUUCAUUAGGGGUGACUGACAAAUCCACUCCAGCUAACACAUUUCAUGGAUUAAUCUUGAGCAACAUUUUGGGAGAAAAUUUUACAGAUUCCCUGAUAAUGAUGCCAAAUAUUUACAAAAUGCAAUGACUAAUGACAAUGAGCAAUAAAUUUAAAGUACCUAAUAACUUUUGUGAGUAUAGCUAUCUAUGAUGUUGCACUAAUUAUAUUAUCAAAAUUUCUUACUGUUUGAAUGAGCUCCUGUUUAAGUAAAUAUCAA